AUGUCCAAAGUCUUCAAGCUCAACACUGGUGCAAGCGUCCCUUGGAUAGGCUUCGGCACGGGCACUGCCCUCUACACAAAAGAUGCAGCCGACCUUGUCAAGCUUGCCAUAGAUAAUGGUGUCAGUCACCUCGAUGGUGCUCAGAUGUACCAAAACGAAGAAAGUCUUGGUCGAGGUAUUGCAAACUCUGGGAAGCCGCGCUCAGAGUUGUUUGUUACAACGAAACUAAACUUACCUACGCUCGCUCCUGGAGAGACAAUCACCCAGUCUUUGAAGACCUCGCUAUCCAAACUUAAUAUGGAAUACGUGGAUCUUUUCCUUGUUCAUGACCCUACUCCAGCAACAAAGCAGGGAAACCUUGUGCAGGUGUGGGAAGGGAUGGAGGAAGUUUACAAUCUGGGAUUGGCCAAAGCAAUAGGAAUAUCGAACUUCCAAGUGGAGGAUAUCAAGACGAUACUUGACCAUGGAAAGAUUGUGCCCGCAGUCAACCAGAUCGAACUUCACCCCUAUGUUUGGAAAGCCGCGAAACCGACAGUGGAAUUUUGUCAAUCCAAGGGUAUUGCCAUUCAGUCAUAUGGAGGACAAACACCAGUAGCUCGUGUCCCAGACGGCCCUCUUAGUCCAAUUCUCGCUCAAAUUCGUGAGCGGUUGGAAACAACGCGCGGUAAACCUGUCACUGCCGGGCAAAUUUUGAGCAAAUGGUUGCUGCAGAAAGACGUCAUAGUCAUCACCACUACCUCCAAGUUAUCGCGUCUUGAAGAAUACCUGGACUCGGUGAAUAUUCCUGAUCUAACACCGGAUGAAAUUCAAGCUAUCGAAGAGGCUGGCUCGAAAUUACACAAGAGGAUAUUUAUGCGCCAUGCUUUUGGGGAGUAA